AUGAUUUUGUUUACGCAUGUAUUGUUUAUGUUCAUCUGUUGGGUGAACGCCCAAUACGAAUGGCAACCAAAGGACGCUGUGGAUGAAAUCCGACACAGAUUAGAUAAAAUAAAUGCUGACAAUUGUGGGAUUCAACCAUUGGGUGAGAUAUAUUUACCUGAAGACACGGUGUCGCAUAUACCAGACAUCAAAGAUGUCGCCAUCAAUCCUGUGUUUCCCAAUCGUACAGCCUUGUUACAUAUAAGCAACAUGGCUUUGAACAGAGGAUUUUUCUUCAGUUAUAUAUCACAAGCUAGGUUUAUACGUCCAGCAAUCAACGACACAUAUGAUCCAGGUAUGUUGUAUUAUUUUUUAUCUACAGUUGCCGACGUAUCAGCCAAUUCCCACAUUAACGCCAGUGCCAUAUAUUUCGCCCCCAACAUGUCCUAUUCGCCGUCUUAUAGAGGAUUUUUCAACAAAACACUUCCGUAUUUUGCUCCUCGGACAUUUCGGUAAGCUAAUAGAUAUAUUAAUUAUCAAAUUUGAUUUUAAUAUUGGAUUUUAUAAACAUAUAAUAUAGAGCUGAUGAUUUCAACGAUCCUAUUCAUUUGGAAAAAAUGUCAACUUUAAAUACAUUUACUGUUAAAGAUUUGGGUGCUUUUUCUAACGAAAGUCUUACACAGGACUAUACAUCAAAAUUUUAUGGAAUCAAUGAAUGGUAAUUAACCUUUUUUUUUAUGUCAGUAUAAUGUUUAAUCAUUUAUUUUUUGUGGCAAUCAUUUAUAUUCCAGGUAUUCUAAGUGGCUUCCAGAUAAUGUUGUUGGACGUCAUGAUACAAAGACUACUUAUCAAGUAGAAAUUCGUUAUGCCAACAACACAAAUGAAACACAUACUUUCCACGGUCCUCCAGGUAAAUUUUACUGUUUAAAUUAUUUUUUGUAUUUAUAAAUUUAUAUUAAAAAUUAUUAACUUUUAUAAUUACAUUUGUAUUACACUUACAUUCAUAAUAUUUAUUUUAUUAAGGAGUUGAUGAUAUUCCGGGUCCAAUAAAGUGGACCAGGCCAUAUUUUGAUUGUGGACGCAGUAACAAAUGGUUGGUAGCAGCCGUUGUGCCAAUUGCUGAUAUUUACCCUCGUCAUACUGGAUUUAGACAUAUUGAAUAUCCUACGUAUGUUUUAUUUUUAAAAAUUAUUCUGAUGUUAUUUAUUAUAUUUUGAUUUUACUAUUUUAGUUAUACUGCCGUAUCUGUAAUAGAAAUGGACUUUGAACGAAUAGAUAUCAACCAAUGUCCUAUAAGUGCAGGGAAUUCAGGACCUAAUCGUUUUGCAGAUACUGCAAAAUGUAAAGAAAAAACUACAUUAGUAAGUAUUUUAUGAGGAAAAAAUUGUUCACUUCACAUAAUAAUCAUUUAUCUUUAUUAUUUAUAGUGUGAACCAUUAGAUGGUUGGGGUUUCCGGCGAGGUGGUUAUCAAUGUCGAUGUUUACCUGGUUAUCGAUUAGGAAAUACAGUUCGUCGACCAUUUUUAGGAGAAAUAAUAGAACGAGCAACACUUGAACAAUAUUACAGCGAUAUAUUUGACUGUAAACGGAUUGGAUGUAUGUUAUAUUUUAAUUUUAUAUGUCUUUAACAUUUUAUAUAGUUUUUAUGAUUUACUUUCUUAUUUUACUUUUAAUUAACUUAAGGGCUUCAAAGUAAAAUAGUCUUCCCAAGUCAAAUGGACCCUUAUCUUCGUGAUCAAUAUUUGGAAAAAAAUUCUGAAUACAAAAACUUUACUAUGGGGCUAGGAUCCCUAAAAGAUUCGAAUAUCAAUAUCCAUGAAGUAAUCAAUUCCAUACGAGGAGUAAAUCCAACCAAUUGCCAUAAGUAAGUACUUCUUUCUACACAAAUAAUUUGAUAUUCAAUUUUUUUAUGUUUAGAUAUCGAAAAGAAGACUUAGAACUGUUAGGUGACUAUGGAUUUGGAGCAAAUAAACAAUUUGCAAAUGAAGCUAAGAUGGCUGUUCGUCUUGCUAAUUUCAUAAGUGCAUUUUUACAAGUAAUUUAUUUGUGUUAACACACAGUAUAUUUAUAAAAAAAUAUAAUAUAUAUUUUUCAGAUAUCUGAUCCAAAAGAAGUUUACUCUGGAACUCGUUUAGCCGAUAAGCAUUUGUCUGAAGAUGAAAUGAUCGGAGAAACAUUAUCAAUUGUAAUGGCAGAUUUUAAAAUAUGGUCAGCGGGUACAUUCUGGGAUACAAACAAAUUUCCAAACCGUACUCUUUUUGCUCCAUAUGCUUAUAAAACAGUAAAUUAUGGUCGUAAGUUCUUCGUGGAAGAUUUAGCCAGAUUAAACAAGACCGGUUAGUUAAUAUAAUAAUUUCAAUUGUUAUUAUUUUUGUGUUCUCUUUAUGCUAUCAAUUUAAUAACAAUCCAAAUGUUUAGAUGAAGUUUAUACAAAUAAACAAUGGUUUACUUUUACAAAAAGUCGAUGGUCUACUAACUUUGACAGUUUAGAAAAGUUUUAUAUUAAAUUGAAAUUGCGCUAUACCGAAGAAGGAAAUCAUUUAAAUAAAUUUGAAUAUUAUCCUACUUUUUACAGGUAACUACUAUAAAAUUAUUUAUAAAAUUAAUUAUAAUAAUACGCAAUCUAAAUUUGACAUUAGAGCGGCUAAUUUGGAUCAUGGUUAUUGGUCAGCUCCUUAUUAUGAUUGCAAUGGUCCAGCAAAAGAUUGGUUUAUUCGUUAUACUGUCCCGUUCUUUGGUUGGGACCGUCUCAAAGUCAAAUUAGAGUUCAAGUAAUUAUUUUUAAAUUUAUAAUUGUUUAAUAAAAUAUGAGUUGAUGUAAUAAUUAUUUUUGUUUUUUAGAGGCGCAAUUUCAGUUACAAUGCCACUUUUAAAUUUAGAUAUAAAUCAGUGUCCUGACAAAUUUUAUAAACCCAAUGCAUUUAAAGGAACUCAUAAAUGUGAUCAACUUAGUUCAUAUGUAUGACAAUAUUUAUUUUCAUAAUCAAUAACUGUUUUAAAUUAAUAAUUAAUUUGAAUUUAGUUUUUAAAAAAUUAAAUGUUUUUAUUUUACAAUUAUCUAAUGUCACUGUUCAACUUUACAAUAUUCGAUUUACCAGAAAAUUUAAAAUAAUAUGUUUGUAGUGUGUGCCAAUACAAGGACGUGGUUAUGAAAUUGGUGGUUAUAAAUGCGAGUGUAUACAAGGUUUUGAGUUUCCAUUCGAGGAAGAAGAUUUCACAUAUUUUGAUGGUCAAAUGAUGGAAGAUGAAUUUAUGCACAUGUUUCAUAAUAAUAAAACUAGGUAUUGAAUUAUUGCUUUAACUAAAAAUAUAAUAAAAUAUUUUUUAAAUUAUUUUUUUUGUGUUUUCUUAGGUAUGAUACUUUCAAAUGUCGUAUAGCAGGAGCUGCACUUCCUUUGAGUAACAUUUUUUAUGUCUUGGCAAUGGUUUUUUGUAGUUUAUUAAUGUGGAUUAGAUAA